AUGGACGCCUCCUCCCUCCGCAUCUCCAAGUUCGAUGGAACUAACUUCCACGCCUGGAAGUUCAAGAUGCAGAUGGUGCUGGAGGAACGGGACCUAUGGGAGGUCGUCAGCGGUGAGAUCAAGGCGGAACAGUGCGAGACUCAGUUGGACCAAGCGACGUACAAGAGGAAGUCAAGAAAGGCGAUGGCAGUGAUCUGUCUAGCCAUGGAAGAUUCCCAGCUACCGUUGGUCCGGUCGGCAAGUGGUGCAUGCGACGCAUGGUCAAGGUUGGAAGACCACUUCGAGAAGAAGAGUCUUGCCAACAAGCUGUUCUUGCGCCGUCGCUUCUUCACGACAAUGAUGGAAGAAGGCGACGAUGUGCUCGAACACAUCAACAAGCUCAAGACGCUGGCGGAACAGCUAGAAGCGGUGGGGGGCUCCACUUUGGAGUCGCGCUCAGACACUCUUAGCUGGGAGCUCGUGACGUCUCGACUGCUUCAUGAAGAAAUGAAGCGGAAGGAGCAAGGAAGUAAAGGUGAUGAAGCUUCGCAAGGUCAAGCGUUCAUCACAAGGGACAAUCAGCGCAAAGGGCGACCAGUGAAGAAGUCCUGGCCGUGCCACAAUUGCGGAAAGAUUGGUCACUGGAUGGCGGAGUGCCCCUCGCGCAUCCAAGAAAACACGGAGAGACACCGGCCACAGCGUGCUCAAGACAGCGGCGACCGCUAUCGAUCACAACGUGCAAACGUCGCUCAAGAAGAAGACUCGGGCGACUACCUCUUUUCGAUCGGUGAAACGACAUCUGCGAAAUCGAGCGACAUCUGGCUGGUCGACUCCGGGGCGACGCAGCACAUGACGUGCUCCAAGAAGUUCAUGCGGAACUACAAGGGGUUUGACGCUGUGGAUGUCCAUCUCGUGGAUGACGGAAUCGUCCAAGCAAUCGGCAGUGGGGACAUUGUCAUGUCGAUGAAGACACCCCAAGGGAUGAAGAAAGGUGUGCUCACAAACGUGUGGCACAUCCCAAAGUUAUCCAGAAACCUGUUCUCGGUCGGCCGCUUCACCAAGGAUGUCGGCCCAGUGACGUUCACGAAGGAUGGGUGCUAUGGAGAAGCGAAAGGGACCAAGUGGAAAAUUGGUGCCCGUGAAGGUAAAGGACUGUUCAAGCUGCAAAUGACUCCAGUGGCGCCGGAACAAGCAAAUGCAGCCAAGUCGUCGGGAUGUCAAGGGGGCACCAAGUCGUACCUCUGGCACCUUCGGCUUGGCCACAUAGGUCACGAUGGACUCAAUUGCAUCGUGACGAAGAACAUUGGAAUUGGCAUCGACAUAUCUUCGGUGAAGAAGUGGGACGUGUGUGAAGGUUGUGCUCUGGGAAAACAGACUCGAGUGCGCUUCCAAUCAAACACUACAGCUCGCACCUCCAAACUCCUCGAAGUGAUUCACAGCGACGUAUGCGGACCGAUGUCGAUGGCAACUUUCAGUGGAAAACGGUACUUCGUGACAUUCAUUGAUGACAAGUCAAGAUACUGUGUCGUCUAUCUGCUCAAGAGCAAAUCUGAAGUUGCGGCGAAGUUCAUGGAAUACGCUGCGAUGGCCGAAACGCAAACCGGAAAGCGCGUGAAGUACCUUCAAAGCGACAAUGGGGGUGAAUACAAGUCCGACAAGCUGGCACGAUUCUGCGCGGAACGGGGAAUACAACAAAGGUUCACACCCACCCCCAUAUACUCCUCAGCUAAACGGAGUAGCUGA